AUGAAGGGACCUGCUCCAGGCGCAGGAGCUGGUGGUGAGCAGAAGAUCAAAACGGCCUUCACAGAGCUCUUUGGACUCAAGCACCCCAUUUCCCUUGCCGGAAUGAAUGUCGCUGCUGGACCUGCUCUGGCCGCCGCCGUCACCAAUGCUGGAGGUCUGGGAGUCAUUGGAGGAGUCGGGUACACUCCCAAGAUGCUCAAGAAAAAUAUCGAGGAACUCAAGGCUGACCUCAAGGACAAGAACGCGCCUUUCGGUGUUGAUCUCCUCCUGCCUAAAGUUGGAGGUAAUGCUAGAAAGACCAACACUGACUACACCGGUGGCAAGUUGAUGGAGCUCGUUGACAUCAUUAUCCAGGAGAAGGCAGCUCUGUUCAUCUGUGCCGUUGGUGUCCCACCUCCCGAGGUUGUCAAGAAGUUCCACGAUGCCAAGAUCCCAGUGGCAAACAUCAUUGGCCACCCCAAGCACGCCCCCAAGGCUUUGGAGGCAGGUUGCGACGUCAUCAUCUACCAAGGUGGUGAGGGUGGUGGCCACACCGGAGACGUACCUCUCAGUGUACUUGGACCCCGAGUGGUGGACAUCUGCCGAGGCCACAAGAGCCCCUUGACUGGCAAGCAGGUCCUCACUCUUGCCGCUGGAGGUAUCUGGAACGGCCGAGGUCUCGCUGCCGCUCUCAUGUAUGGCUCGGACGGUGUCUGGGUGGGCACUCGCUUCGUCGCCUCGGAGGAGUCUGGCGCUCCCAGGAAGCACAAGGAGGCCGUCUUGACCUCGACUCACGAGACCGACGUCCGCACCAUCAUUUUCACCGGACGACCCCUUCGAGUGAAGAUGACCCCCUAUGUGCAGAAGUGGGAGUCAAAGCCUGACGAGAUCAAGAAGCUCACCAGCCAGGGUAUCGUCCCCGUCUACCACGAUCUUGAGCAUGAUGACGAGAACGGCACGGCGGAGCAGGGUGCCCGCGAGAGGUACCUGCUGGGCAAGUGUGCGGCCGUCAUCGAGGAUGUGCUGCCGGCAAAGACCAUCGUGGACAACAUGGUCAGCGAGGCCGUGGCUGCUCUUCAAGCCGGUGCGCAGACUCUGGGCUCCAAGUUGUGA